AUGAGGCAGGACAGAAUUAGGUUGCAGCAGGCUGUCCGACAGGUGCGAGCCCAGGCGUGUUCGACUACUACUGCUGCAGAGUAUUCAGCUCGAUUUCUGACGUUUUGCGCUUCUGAAGAGUCGAAGUCCGCAUACGCAGCUGGUUUCUGUGAUGCCGAUGCUUGCUAUUCUUGCGUUGCGGUGAGACCUGGCAAGACGUAUAGAUACAUAGUCUCGAUCUCGCAGAAGAGCAAGAACUUCCUCGAAGCGUUCAAGCAGGUGAUUCUGGCUGGCCGCGGCAGCAACGGCAUCUGGAACCAUCGCGUGGCUCUCCAGGAGAAUCACCUUUUGGGGCGACCCUCGGUCCUGCGCCUCGAGGGCGUCUUCGCGCCCGUGCCGCCGCGCCGGGACCUGCUGCCGACCGUCUUCCGCGGCGUGCUGCCCAGCGUCGCGGCGCCGGCGGGCGACUGGGGCGAGGAUCUGCUGUCCCCGAGCCAGAGCAUGUCAAUGUCCACGAAGGGGUGGCGGGCCGGCAGCUCGAUGGCGGCGAGCAAGGGGGGCAUGGCCGCGGUCCCGAGCAUGCCCAGCGGGCCAGACGCGGCGGCGGACGGCUCGCUGCUGGACCUGUUGGAUGACCCCCACCCGAACCUUUGCUACCUGUCGUUCGAGGAGGGCGGACGGCUCGCCGUCCUGGCCAGGCAGCUCGCGGAGACCGUGCCGCAGCCGGACCGAGGCCACGUGGUGCUCGGCCGCGGGGGCUUCUGCCGCCUCGCCCUGGCGCUCUCCGGUCUCUCGCACUUCGAG